CAAAGAGAAAUAUAAUUGGGGUCCGCCUCGGAAAGCUGAAUCAGUUCAUCACGGAUUUCCAUGUCCCUAUCUCACUUUCUUUUUCUCUAUAAAAUCUACAACAACAUUCACAAGUGGCUGUAUUUUGAGUGACACUGAAAUUGAAAGAAAAUCAAAAAUUAAUUUGUGAGAUUGUUUGUAAUUUGUAUGAAUUAUGGCGACAUUGCCAUUAUCAUCAUCAUCAACCAGCGGAAGAACACAUAGUUCUUCAUUUUGUUCAUCAAUUUCUCGAGUUAUGGAAUUCAGCUUAAAAAAUGGCUGUUAUAAUUCCAGGAUUUUGUUUUCUUCUAUUAAUAAUAGAAAUAUGAUUAUGAGAGGUACUGGAAGAUGUUUUGUUGUUAAGGAUGUGUUUAGUGAUUCGAAGCCCAAAUCGCAGGAGCCGAUCAUUGAAGAAGGGACUUCAAGCAAUUUUAACCCAUUAAGAAACUUGAGCCCAGAUUCUGCUUCAAUAGCCUCAAGUAUUAAAUACCAUGCGGAGUUCACUCCUUUGUUUGCUCCCAAUGAGUUUUCCCUUCCCAAGGCUUUCUUUGCUGCUGCACAGAGUGUUAGAGAUUCACUUAUAAUCAACUGGAAUGCUACUUAUGACCAAUACGAGAAGAUGAACAUGAAGCAAGCUUAUUAUUUGUCCAUGGAAUUUCUCCAGGGCAGAGCAUUGUUGAACGCAAUUGGGAAUUUGGAACUUACCGAUGCCUAUGGAGAUGCUUUGAAAAAGCUUGGACACAAUUUGGAAGCUGUAGCUAGUCAGGAACGUGAUGCUGCACUUGGAAAUGGGGGUCUCGGGAGGCUUGCAUCCUGCUUUCUUGACUCUCUUGCUACAUUGAAUUACCCUGCAUGGGGUUAUGGGCUAAGAUACAAGUAUGGGUUAUUUAAGCAACUAAUUACUAAGGAUGGCCAAGAAGAAUCUGCUGAGAAUUGGCUUGAGAUUGCUAAUCCUUGGGAACUUGUGAGAAAUGAUGUAUCCUAUAUAAUAAAAUUUUAUGGAAAGGUGGCUUCUGGGUCAGAUGGCAGAAGUCACUGGAUUGGGGGAGAAGAUAUCAAGGCUGUUGCCUAUGAUGUUCCAAUUCCUGGGUAUCUAACUAAAACCACUAUUAAUCUUCGACUUUGGUCUACAACAGUACCAUCAGAUGAUUUUGACUUGUCUGCUUUUAAUGCUGGGGAACACACCAAAGCAAAUGAGGCUCGUGCAAAUGCAGAAAUGAUCUGUAGUGUACUAUACCCUGGGGAUGAGUCUAUGCAAGGAAAGAUCCUUCGUCUGAAGCAACAGUACACCCUAUGUUCGGCUUCUUUGCAAGACAUUAUUUCGCAAUUUGAAAGGAGAUCAGGGGAACAUGUUAAAUGGGAAGAUUUUCCAGAGAAGGUGGCUUUGCAGAUGAAUGACACCCACCCAACGUUGUGUAUACCCGAACUAAUGAGGAUAUUAAUAGAUGUGAAAGGACUUAGCUGGAAGGAAUCUUGGAAUAUAACCCAAAGAACUGUUGCCUAUACAAAUCAUACCGUUUUGCCGGAGGCAUUGGAGAAGUGGAGUUAUGAACUUAUGCAAACCUUGCUUCCUCGACAUGUUGAGAUCAUAGAGAAAAUAGAUAAGGAGCUUGUUGAAACUAUCGUAUCUAAGUAUGGUUCUAAUGAUCCUGAAUUACUGAUAGAAAAGUUGAACGAGUUGAGAAUACUGGAGAAUUUUGAUCUUCCAAGUUCAGUUUCCAGUUUAAUCAAGGAAAAAAUGACCUGUCAAGCUGAAGAGCAUGAAAAAAUUGAAAUUCCUAAUGAACAAGAUGGACUGGUUGUUGUAGAGGAAAGUGAGGAAGAUGUUGUGGAGACGAAGAUAGAGGAAGAGCCAGUUCCAGAACCACCAAAAAUGGUCCGGAUGGCUAACCUUUGCGUAGUUGGGGGCCAUGCAGUAAAUGGGGUUGCUGAAAUUCAUAGCCAAAUAGUGAAGGAACAAGUUUUCCGCGACUUCUUUGAGUUGUGGCCAGAGAAAUUUCAGAAUAAAACAAAUGGGGUGACUCCAAGAAGAUGGAUCCGGUUUUGCAAUCCAGAACUAAGCAGUAUCUUAACAAAAUGGAUUGGGUCCGAAGACUGGGUUCUUAACACUGAGAAACUUGCAGAAUUGCGAAAGUUUGCAGAUAACAAAGAUCUUCAUACUGAAUGGAUGGCAGCAAAACGGAACAACAAACUGAAGGUUGUUUCUUUGAUUAAAGAGAGAACAGGUUACACAGUCAGCCCAGAUGCAAUGUUUGAUAUUCAGAUCAAGCGUAUUCAUGAAUACAAGCGACAACUUCUAAACAUAUUGGGAAUUGUAUACCGCUACAAAAAAAUGAAAGAGAUGAGUGCUGUGGAGAGGAAAGCAAACUUUGUUCCAAGAGUUUGUAUAUUUGGAGGAAAAGCUUUUGCCACAUAUGUGCAGGCUAAAAGAAUAGUGAAAUUUAUCACUGAUGUAGGAGCUGCAAUUAAUAAUGAUCCUGACAUUGGUGAUCUAUUGAAGGUUGUGUUUGUCCCUGAUUACAACGUAAGUGUGGCUGAGUUAUUGAUCCCUGCAAGUGAGCUUUCACAGCAUAUAAGCACUGCUGGAAUGGAGGCAAGUGGAACCAGCAAUAUGAAGUUUUCAAUGAAUGGAUGCAUCUUAAUUGGGACCCUAGAUGGUGCCAAUGUUGAGAUUAGAGAAGAAGUCGGAGAAGAAAACUUCUUUCUAUUUGGUGCUCAAGCACAUGAGAUUGCUGGAUUAAGAAAGGAAAGAGCUGAAGGCAAGUUUGUGCCGGAUCCACGUUUUGAAGAAGUCAAGGAGUAUGUUAAAAGUGGUGUUUUUGGCUCAAGCAGUUAUGAUGAACUGUUAGAGUCUUUGGAGGGAAAUGAAGGAUAUGGCCGCAGUGAUUAUUUCCUCGUGGGAAAAGACUUCCCUACUUAUAUAGAAUGCCAAGAAAAAGUGGAUGAGGCGUAUAGAGAUCAACAGAGAUGGACAAGAAUGUCAAUACUAAAUACAGCCGGUUCUUUCAAGUUUAGCAGCGACCGAACAAUCCAUGAAUAUGCUAAGGAUAUAUGGAAUAUUCAUCCAGUUAAAUUGCCAUGAGCUCAACUAAGAUGGCUUCUAGUUAUUACCAGUUUAAUUAUUAUGCCAGUAAAUAAAUGUCUUGUUAGGCUAUCUAUAGAAUGCCACGUGCAAGGUUGACAUUGUAUAUGUAAAAAUAGGUAUUCUCUUCUAAAAUCUAAAGGAAUUUUAUGUUGGAAAAAUUGUAAUAAUCCCACCUUUAGCCGGUUCGCAAAUAAUAAUCCCACCUAUUGAUUAUUAUUUAAUAAUCUCACCUUUAGGAGUUUUUUUUUUAAUGGUCCCUAACCUGUUAGUAACCGGUAUAGUGGGUGAAUAUGCCACAUGUCACUUUAUGAUUCGCCCAAAUAUUUUUUAAUUUAAAAAAAAAAAUUAUUUUUUUAAAAAAAAAAAAUUAAUUAUUUUCUUUCCCUUUUCCUCUUUCCUUUUCCCCUUCCCCUCCGUUGAUUCCGGCCACCCAGCUACCUCCCACACUCAGCCACCUCCUCUCUAAAACAGGCACCCUCACCCACGACCAGCCACCCCCACCCCCGGACCAACCAUCCCCAUCCACAAAAAAACCCCACCCAUGGUUGGUCACUCCGCCGCCCCACCCAUGAAAAACCCCACCUAAGGUUGGCCACCCCUACCCACGCCCUACCACGGCCGACAGCCCUAUGCACGAAACCCCUACCCUUGAAACCCUCAUUGAAAAAACUCGUCCUUUCCCUUCCCGUGAAACACCCAGCCUUACGCAUUUCCCAUUUCCCCUAUUGUUGCUACUGUUAAUCUAUUAUCUUGUGGUAUGAAGAGAGAGAAAGUGAGGUGGGAAAGUCAUGGAAGGGAAAGGGAGGAGAGAGAAUGGCUGACUUGUGACGGAGGAUGAGGAAAAAAAAAACCUUACCCAUUCUUCAAGUUACCGGUCAUAAGGGAUCAAUAGGAGAAGAUAAACCCCAAAGGUGGGAUUAUUAAAUUAUAAUCAAUAGGUAGGAUUAUUAUCUGCGAACUGGGUAAAGGUGGGAUUAUUAGAAUUAAUUUUUCCUUUUAUGUUUUGGUGUGAUUUGAUUUGAAAUAAAUAUCUACUGAGUGGCGAUAGAAUGCCACGUGCAA